AUGGGGUACUGGUUUGUGAGGCCUAGAUCCUGUGGGGUUCUAGAAAGUCUACCUGAAGCUCCCUGGGUCCUGGGGGGAGCAGGGAAGUCGGGGUGCCUUGCUGACUCCCACUCCCUCUCCACAGCACCCGCCAGGCUGCUCAACGCCUCCUGCUCCUKGGAGAAGACACUGCAGUGCAGCUGCUCCUUCCACGGGAUCCCCAUGCCCUCUGUGCAGUGGUGGGUGGGCGGUGUCCCUGUGGGUGUGAACAGCGUGGAUGGCGGCCUCCAGGUGACUUCCACCACGCUUGGCCCCUGGGCCAACAGCACCAUCAGCCUGGCCAAGGAGCCAGAGAUGGGCACAAGCCUUCUCUGUGAGGGCAAGAACCAAAACGGAACCCAUGCUGUGAGCACUCUACUGAUGUCAGGAAGGAGUCCUUUGGCUCCCCAGAUCUUUCUGAAAGGGCUGCUCCAGGGUGUUGUCUAUGGAUCUAUGGCAGUCACAUUGCUCUUCCUCUGCCUCCUCCCCUUCAUAGUGAAGCAUAUCAGAAAGAAGAAUGCAARGAAAACUGCAAAGAUCAAAGCACAAAAGAACCCUGAAGUCAGUAGGCCAGAACCCAAGAUGUCUCCAAAGAAUGCUGAACCAGGGAAAUCCAUAGCUACCCCAUCUUCUGAGAACCAGAUUUUGGGCGUUAUCCUGACUCUGAGAAUGCAGUUCCAUGGGAAGAAGGUCUUCAUCUCUCUUGCUUUCUAG